CAUAUUUACUACUUCACAUGUGGGCCAGCAGCUUUCAAAUCAGUACAUUUUUGUAACAGAAGACUAUAAGAGCAGGUCUGACCUAACCCCCGAGGAGCAUCUUAAAAUAUUUUAGCCGCAGACACUGGCAAAACUUGAAGCUGACUGUUGUGCAACAGGCUGCACAGGACGGAGGCGCGCAUAGCUGUUUACUUUUGAUAGUUGUUUGUUAUUGUUGUUAGCUAACGUUGAAACUCGACAGUUCUUUUACCGCAAAACUGUUGCCUAUUAGCUUAUAAAUACCCCCGUAUGUCUGUGUAAAAUAUGUUUGUUUUUUGGUUCUUCAGGUUAAACAAAACUAUUUUGUUUAUAACGAAGCUACACUGGCAGUCGUCAGUAUUAGUGAGGCAGCUAUGCUAACGUAGGCUAAUCCGCGUGCAAUGUGCGUUUACGUUUUAUUGGUCACCUCUGCAAUACACGCACGCUGCAUUGACUUAAUAAUAGAUUCACAGCUAACGUUACUUACUUUGUUUCUUUUUUUUUUUAAAGCUGUGGUAGGCAUUUCAUUUGUCCAUCAUCAAAAUUCCAUCAUAAUCUUUCAGCAUAUUGCAAUUCAAGUGGUAUGAGAGAAAACUAGACUUCUAUUCGUUCCUUUUGGCUGUUCUGCGCAUGCAUCGCCCGUGCGACAAAGACGGGAGAGGGGGAGCUGCAGGCAGAGGUCAUGGCACUGUGUGGAGUCAAGGGUACACGUUUCUUGGGGCCCAAUGUGUACCCAGAAGCCCCUGAUGGAGGCUGGGGAUGGGUGGUGGCUGUGGCCUUCUUCUUGGUGGAGGUUUUCACUUAUGGUACCAUCAAGAUAUUUGGUAUCUUUCUGCAGGACCUGAUGGAGGAGUUUGGAGAGACCAACAGUCGGGUCUCCUGGAUCGUUUCCAUCUGCGUGUUUGUCAUGACCUUCAACGGUCCUCUCUCCUCUGUGAUGACUAACCGCUUUGGGUUCCAACUGGUUGUUAUGAUUGGAGGAUUACUUAUUGCCGCUGGGACCAUUGCAACCAGCUUUACCAACUCCAUCAAUCAAAUGUACAUCACCUAUGGAUUAGUUGCAGGUCUAGGAUACUGUCUGACCUUCCUGCCCACUGUGACCAUCCUUUCCCAGUACUUUUCUCGCCGACGGUCUCUGGUCACAGCUGUGGCUUCCACUGGAGAGUCCCUGUCCAUGUUUGCCCUAGCACCAGCCUUUUCUGCAUUGAAGGACCAUGUUGGCUGGCGACAUACCAUGGCAGUGAUAGGAGCUUUGCAAAGCACCAUCAUCAUCUGUGGUGCUCUGCUUCGGCCAAUCAUUAUCAAACCCAGAGCGACCCCUGAGACAAAGACUGACGGAUCGUCCCCAAAGGAACUGGAAGCUCUCAGUACACCAGAGAAUGUAGAGGGCACAAAUCCAGAAGACUCUAUAAUAAACAAUACCUCAUAUGCACAAAAUACCUCCCACAGUCUGGACAAUGAGCUAACUAGAGGCUCUGUGAGCACAGGAGACUCUGGUGUCCAGUCUCUAAAGGACACAGACGACAGCAGCCCAGAGGAGAAGACUUUACUGCACAAAGAAGCAGGGAAAUUUGUGGAAAACAGUACGGCAGAGGUUAUAGAAAUUUUAACCGGGGAGAAAAAGAAUGAAAAUGCAGAGAAACAAGCAAUGAAAGAUGACGAGGAAAUUAAAUUAGGCGAUGAAAAGCCAUCUGCAAAGAACUCAAAACUUCUAGACUUUUCUGUCCUCAGAGAGUGCAGCUUCAUUCUCUAUUCUCUGUUCGGACUGUUCGCCACGCUCGGUUUCUUCGCCCCUCAACUCUACAUCAUUGAGCUGAGUGUGAGUCGAGGUGUGGAGCGGGACCGCGCCACCUACAUGCUCUCCACCAUGGCUGUGGCUGAAAUCCUUGGCCGAUUCUCCAUUGGGUGGAUGCUGAACCGGGAGCAGUUCAGGAAGAAGAAGCUGCUAGUGCUUCUGGCAUGUGUAAUUGCAAUGACCGCUGAUCUGGUUGGAUUUACUUUGGUUACAGAGUUCUACGGCCUGGCUGUGUGCUGUGCUUUGUAUGGGUUCUUCAUGGGAACCCUAGCAUGCACCCACAUCCCCAUGCUGGCUGAGGAUGAUGUGGUGGGCAUAGAGAGGAUGUCUUCAGCUGCUGGUGUCUAUGUGUUCAUACAGAGCUUUGCUGGGCUGGCUGGACCACCACUUGGAGGUGUGCUGGUGGAUGUGACUGAGAACUACGGAUCAGCCUUCUACUCCUGUGCAGUCGGCAUGGGAGUUAGUGCAUUGUUCUUGGGUAUGGUAAAACCUGCUAAGAAAGGAUUACUGUGUAGGAAGAGGAACUAUAAACUCCCUGAAGGCAUACAUGAAAGAGAAGGGGACUCCGAGGAACAGAUUGCAGUGCAUAAACCGGACGAAAGAACUGACCGUUCUCUGGACUGCUCUGAAGUAGACGACCAGGCGGAGGCCACAAGAGAUGUGGAGGAUGUUAUAUACGUUUAGCUUGAGCUGAUGAGAUAGGAUAAGGGUAAUGCAAGUGUUAAGCCAUAUGAGGGUAACAUGCUGAAGAUGACAGCUACCCCAUAGGCAAGAGGAAUACAGAGAAGCUGAAGUGACAUGAAUGCAAUAAAGAGAAAGACCAAAAGUGUUUAUGAUCUAACAUGGUAGAUCUGGCCUCUGAGACCAAUCUUUAGAACUUUUACAUCACAGUAUUUAUGUAGCAAUUGUGCCUCACAUACCUAAUGUAUCAAACUGCUUUUUUUCUAGAGUCAAAGGGUAUACUAUGAAAUUAGCUUUAAGUGAGUGAAGCUUUUGAUGUAGUCUUGCCUUAAAGGAACACGCCGACUUAUUGGGAAUU